AUGUUUCUGAUCAUACAAGAAGUUCCCCAGAAGCUGUUCACAAAGCUCCGUCUCUUCAGCCGUCGAGCCAAUCUCCAAGCCAAGCGCCACUUCGUUCGCGGCGCCCAGCUCCUCAACCAGGCCAGAUCCUCCAAAGACCGUUCUAGGUCUUCCUCCCUAGCCAAAGAAGCCGAAUCCGAGGCCGAGAAAGCCAUCCAUCUCGAUCCAAAGGACGCCGCGGCUCACAUUCUCAAGGCCCUGGCUCUGGAGCUCCAAGGGUUCAAAACUUCGGCUAUCGACUCGCUCGAUGUCGCGCUCUCUCCACUGGCGGUCAAGUCUCUGAGCGAUUUGGAGAGAGGGGACGCUUUGUACAAAAGAGCCGAGUUGAGGCAUUCCGUGAGUCGACGCGGACAGGUUGACUCGGUGGUUGCGGACCUGGUUGAAUCGGUGAGGCUUAAAAAUGAUAACGCCAAGGCGUUUGGUUUACUGGGAGAGUGUUACGAAAAGAAAGGGCUGAAAGAAGAGGCCAAGAAAGCGUACGAGGAUGCAUUGAAGGUCCAGCCCAGCUACAAUGUGGCCCAAGAGGCAUUGGACCGCUUGGUUUCAUCUUUCACAGCUGGGGAGGCCGGAGAUCCAUCGGUGAAUGGGUUCAAUGGCUGGAAUGUUGAAGCUGGCGUGGGAAUCAGAGUGGCUGGAAUGUUGAAGCUGGAGCGAAUCGGUUCUCGAGAGUUGGGGGGGAGAAAUGGGUUAGAGUCGUGA